UAUGUGGUCUAUCCAAACCUGAGGGGAUCGAUAAGAAAAACACAGUAGUAACAAACACACACAAACCAAACUUGUUUUGUUUCUCCGAUGGCGGCUUCAUCGAUGUUCACCAUCAAACUCCAUCCCAAAAUACAUUCUUUUAAUAACAGGUCCCCUCUUAUUAUCAUCCCCUCCUUUUUAUUAUUAUCAAAACCACAAUUGACACCACCCCAUCAACAUUUCAUCAGAAAAACUAUCCCCACUUGUUAUUUCUCUUCAAAAUCCACCCCCAUUUCUUUUUUUGAUAACAAAAACAAAAACAAUAAUCCCCCAAGCUUUCACCAUUUUCUUGCUCAAGCUCAGUCUACUGCUUCCGAUACCACUCUACCUGCUGUUCCUUAUAAUCUUAAUGAUGUUCCGUCCUCUGAAGUUCUCCCAAGAGGACGUAUCUAUCAAGAAACCUAUGGAUGCCAGAUGAAUGUCAACGAUAUGGAGAUCGUUUUGUCUGUUAUGAAAACAGCCGGAUAUAAUGAAAUUGUGAGUGAGCCUGAAAGUGCCGAGAUUAUUUUCAUCAAUACUUGUGCUAUUAGGGACAAUGCAGAGCAAAAAGUAUGGCAACGGCUUAAUUAUUUUUGGUUCUUAAAGAGACACUGGAAGAGUAAUGUUGCCACUGGAAGGUCAAACUCAUUCCGUCCUCCAAAAGUAGUUGUACUCGGCUGCAUGGCCGAGAGGUUAAAAGAUAAGAUAUUAGAUUCGGAUAAAAUGGUUGAUGUUGUUUGUGGGCCUGAUGCUUAUCGAGAUUUACCACGUUUACUAGAAGAAGUAGACAAUGGGCAAAAAGGGAUCAAUACUCUUCUUUCUCUUGAAGAAACUUAUGCUGACAUUAGCCCUGUUCGGAUCUCCAAAACUUCUAUUUCUGCUUUUGUGUCAGUGAUGCGGGGUUGUAAUAAUAUGUGCUCUUUUUGCAUAGUUCCAUUCACUAGAGGCAGGGAGAGGUCCCGGCCUGUUGAAUCCAUAGUCAAAGAGGUUGCAGAACUUCAAAAGGAAGGAGUCAAAGAGGUCACACUUCUUGGUCAAAAUGUCAAUAGCUACAAUGAUGCAUGUGAUGAGGAAGUUGAACCAAAUGUUGAUUGGAAAUUAAGUGAUGGAUUUUCAAGCAAAUGCAAAGUUAAGAAGGUGGGGUUACGUUUUGCUGAUCUCUUGGAUAGAGUUUCACUUGAGUUUCCAGAAAUACGGUUUAGGUACACCUCUCCACACCCUAAAGAUUUCCCAGAUGAACUGUUAUAUAUAAUGCGCGAUAGACACAAUAUUUGCAAGAAUAUUCAUUUGCCUGCACAGUCAGGCAAUAGUAACAUGCUUGAAAGAAUGAGACGAGGGUACACACGUGAAGCAUACCUGGAACUUGUGCAAAAGAUACGGAGAAUAGUUCCAGAUGUCGGGUUAACCAGUGAUUUCAUAUGUGGCUUUUGUGAUGAAACAGAGGAGGAACAUCAAGACACUUUGAGUCUAGUUAGGGCUGUUGGUUAUGAUAUGGCAUACAUGUUCGCAUAUAGCAUGAGGGAGAAAACACAUGCUCAUAGAAAUUAUUCUGAUAACGUUCCAGAAGAUGUAAAGCAGAGACGACUAACAGAACUUAUUGAAGCAUUCCGUGAAAGUACAGGCCAGUGUUUUGACUCCCAAAUUGGCAGUGUUCAGCUUGUGUUAGUUGAAGGACCCAAUAAAAGAGCUCCUGAAACCGAGCUUAUUGGAAAGAGUGAUAGGGGCCAUAGGGUAAUUUUCUCUAGUUUGCCAGUUCCCAAUUGGGUGGAUACUGAUGGUGAUAGAAUUCCAAAAGUUGGUGAUUACGUAGAAGUUAGAAUAUUGAAAUCUUCAAGAGCAUCACUAUUUGGAGCUGCACUUGGUAUAACCACAAUGAGCUCAUUUUACAAUGUUGCACAACAAGAAGCUGUUGCAUCUUUGUAAGUUACAUCGUUUUGGGUGAAUCGAUCGUGAAAUAGCCUUUAUAUACCAUGUCGUUUUGCCAGUUUUAGUAUGAGGUUUGCACAACGAGCUACCAAAAAAAACUCUCUGUACGAAUUAUAGUUCAAAGCAGCGUAUUUGCUAUGUAAAUUCUUUUACUUCAGAUUAUUAGUGUACCCACCCGGCCACCCUAUGUUGUCCAUGUGCUAGGUUGGAAACAUGAGUUUGACAGAACUCACAGAAGAUGUGUUUUGUUUAUAAUAAAAGGAUAGCCGACAUGUUGCAGAGUAA